ACGUGGGCGUGGGUGGGGGUAAGUAGAGCGGGCACGCGGGAGCGCGGGGCAGAGGGACGCCAGCUACCCUGGACAGCGCACCGCUACCCGCCGGGGUCCCUGUGCCGCCGCAGCCGCGAUCAUGGAGCAUCUAAAGGCUUUUGACAAUGAAAUCAAUGUUUUUUUGGACAAUAUGUUUGGACCUCGAGAUUCUCGAGUCAGAGGAUGGUUCAUGUUGGACUCUUACCUUCCUACCUUUUUUCUUACGGCCAUAUAUCUGCUUUCAAUAUGGCUGGGUAACAAAUAUAUGAAGAACAGACCUGCCCUUUCUCUCAGGGGUAUCCUCACCUUGUACAAUCUAGCAAUCACACUUCUCUCCAUGUAUAUGCUGACAGAGCUUAUUCUCUCCAGUUGGGAAGGAGGCUACAACUUACAAUGUCAGAAUCUUGCCAGUGCAGGGGAAGCAGAUAUCCGGGUAGCCAAGGUGUUAUGGUGGUACUACUUCUCCAAAUUAAUAGAGUUCCUGGACACAAUAUUCUUUGUCUUGCGGAAAAAAACCAGUCAGAUUACUUUUCUUCAUGUAUAUCAUCAUGCCUCUAUGUUUAACAUCUGGUGGUGUGUUUUGAACUGGAUACCUUGUGGGCAAAGUUUCUUUGGACCCACUUUGAACAGUUUUAUCCACAUUCUAAUGUAUUCCUACUAUGGACUCUCUGUGUUUCCAUCGAUGCACAAGUAUCUUUGGUGGAAGAAAUAUCUCACACAAGCUCAACUGGUGCAGUUCGUGCUCACCAUCACCCACACCAUGAGUGCUGUCGUGAAACCGUGUGGCUUCCCCUUCGGGUGUCUCAUCUUCCAGUCUUCUUACAUGCUUACAUUAGUCAUCCUGUUCUUAAAUUUUUAUUUUCAGACAUAUAGAAAAAAGCCAAUGAAGAAAGAGAUGGAAGAGGCACCAGGAGGGAAAGAAGUUAAGAAUGGGUUUUCCAAAACCUACUUCACUGCAACUAACGGAGUAAUAAACAAGAAAGCACAAUAAACAUCAAGUAACCAACAAAGCAUAUACAAUAGCCUAACAGAUUCAUUUGCUUUUAAGGCAAGGAUUGAAUUGAAAGUUAUAUGUUUUAGCAUACACUAAUUUCUUUUGAGUUUGUGAAUCAUUUGUACCCAGAAUGUAUUAGUAUUUUGCUAUUAGGUUAAUCUGUUAACUGAGUACUUCUGUAAGCAUUGAGGUGAGGCUGAGCUCUGUAGACCUCAGACCUGGUGCAACAUUCUCUCUCUUUCCCUCCUCCCCCCAGACUUAACCCCUCACCAGAAACUGUCUUCAUAAUGCCUUAUACACACACAAAGCCAGGAAACACGGAGCAUUGUUUUUCACAGCAAGUCUUCAAAUUAAAAGUUUAGAGUUUUGUUCACAUGAAAAUGUUUAAAAGAAAAUGUUACUUAUCUCCUAAUACAGGGUAUGGUGUAAUCUAUAUUAAGCAAUAAUCAUCAAUGCAUAAAGUAAUUAGUCCCUCUGUUCCUUUAGGAAUCAACCCCAAAAGAUAUUAAAAUGGGAUCAUAAAUGGAAAAUCUAACAAAACUUUCUCAAGCUGUGUGUCGGUCCAAUUCCCAUAACCAGUCUUUAUUUUCAGCAUAGUGAUAUGGUAAUGAAACUUGUAUAUUUUUUUAAAUUUUGAAUAUUAGUUUUUCUUGAAAGAAAAAAAAUCUGCCAAACCCUCAUAGCUCAGGGGCUUUGAAUAGUUGUUCCUCAGUUUUAAUUAUUCAUGUCUACCUCUCAUGUUAAGCCGCCCUAGGUUAGAUAGGGACAAUGCUCAGUAUUUAGAAGCAGAAUCUAACUACACCUGGCUGUUCACUUCCUUCUGAACAAACACUCGAGUACAGUCUGCCCUCUUCAUUGGAAUGAUAUGCCACUGGAACAUUUCUAAAUAAGAAUUAACAUAGCAAUUGGGGAAAAAGAGACAUUGAAUUUGUCAACUGUUUAUUGUGAACCUCUUUGUGAAUAUUCCCAAAUAACCUGCUACCAGUCUUGGCAGGUUACGUUUUUGAAAAUAGGAUCUAAAAAUCGGAGGACUGUAGAAAGAUUUCAGUACUCAGCCAUCGGCUGGUAAUGAGCCACAAUGAAAAGUGCCGAUGUGGCAAACUCAGCACAUCUUUUUCCAGCUCAGGUAAUGUAAUCUGUGCCAAGAAUUCAGUGCAAAAGCACAGGAGGUCGUUAAUGGCUGUUUCCUUCCUCCUCUACAUGUGGGACCAUUACUCACUAUUAUAUUGUACCAAGAAUGGAAACAAUAUUUUCUGAAGAUUUGAUGCUGAUUUAUCCCCUAUAUAUAAAAUGAUUUUUUAUCCCAUAUACCUUCUUUAUAAACAGGUCAUAAUGUUGACAUCAAAUGCUCAAGUGUCGGAAAGGCAUCAUCACCGUUGCCCUAGCACAUCCAGUCUGUUGGGGAGUUCCUUUCUGUCCUUUUAUGCUCCCCCCGCCCAAACUCUAGUUUUUAAAUUAUUUUUCCUGUUUAAAAAGUAAGGACACUGACUUUUGUACUGAUAUUGUACACUGACAUUGUGCCGACUUUACUAUCUUCCCUUUCAUGUAAACUACCCACUCAGGAUUCUGGCCCGCCUUUUGGAAGGGGACUGACCUGAGACUAGUCUUCCUGGUGAAAGUGUUGGGCCUGUAACAUUCCCUCCUCUACUUGUUGAUUGAUUUCUAUUGAACAGACAUCUCUACCUGAUACCAAUUACCUUUGGAUUUAUUUUUGUAAAUUGUUUUCUAAAGCCAACUUGUUCCAGGGUGCUUACUCCCGACUUUCGUCACGUUAUUACUGUAUUGUUCUAAGAUUUAUUCUCUCCCAAAAUUCACCUUAAAACAAGGGCUAGCUUUGAGUACGACUGUUACUGCUGCUCCAUGACAAACACAAGUUGGACUAAGCAGACAGCGUGUGGAGCAGCUGGACUCUGGUGCAGUUUUAGGUAUCAAGCAUGCACCAAAAUCUGUUCUCAAAGACCAUUGCCAGUAAAAAUGAGAUUCAGACAGAAGACAGACAUCACUGGCCACUCACUGGAUUCAGUUUAUUUUUAAUCGUCAACAAGUACCUGAAGUCUCACGCCCCUCCUCAUACCUCCAGUUCAGGAGACUCUCAUGGGCUUCAUAGCCACAGAGCAAGGAGGGCCACCAUUGUUCAACAGAAUGGCAGAAUCAAGGAGCUUGCAGUGGGUGCAGCUUGCAGCCUCUCAGAUCAAAGGGGAAAACUCGGGUAGUUUACACUUUCACAUUCAGUAUGAUUACAGGUUUCAGGUGCUUAUUUCCGAUUGGGAUUUAAUUCCAGAAAAGCUUAAUAAAACACCUGUAGCCUUAAACCAUUCAAGGGCCAGUUAAAUUACACAAAGUUAUGAAAUCUUAGCCACAAAAAUUGAAUCAGGUAAAUAUUUUAACCUGUCAUUAAGUGUUACAACUUUAAGAAACACAAUGUUUAUUUUUAAUGUGAUUUUCCUAAAAAUGAAACUAUUUUUAAAUAUCUGUAUUGCCUGUUAAAAAAUAGACAAUGAGUUUUCCCAAAUAAAUUUUCUUACUCAUAGGAAAAUGAAAACAUUUAAAUGAAUACCACAGCAUGUCUGUUAAUAAUUCCCCCAUUUUUUUAAACUAACAGAACAAAACAUUUACUUAAUAUAAUUAAACAGAAAUUUUCAACUCUUCAAAAUUAUAUGUUGAACUAUUUAGACAUUUUGGGGGAUAAGUUCCUUCACAUUCCAGUGAGAAAAAUAUUUAUUUCUACUUUAAGACAAAACAGCACGCACUGCAAUGGGCAGCACAGCACUUGGUGUGUAAGAGGCUGUUCUGGUUCUUUCUAAUAUUUCCAUGUUGUUUCCUGAUCUUUCUGGGGGCUUCCUUAUUUGGGAAAUAAGAAUAUUACUUUGUGGGUUUUCUUUUGAAAGUAUUUAUAUCUUAAGAACAUAGUAUCAUGAUUAGGGUGGCCAGAGGGACAGGAGAAGCCGUUUUUCUUGGUAGUUAGAGAAAAAGCAUUCUGUAUGAUUGUUGUAUAAUAAAUUGAUUUUUACACUAAA